GUCAUUUUAGGCCCUGGUCAGCCAGAAUUAUAAACGGAAGCUGGCGGCAGAAUCGAAAAUCUUUUUAGCUAACUUUUGUUAAAACGACUUGAUGGUUAGCUACUGAAGCUAGAUGAAUGGUGUGGAACGGCGUUAAUUCGUAGUAAAGUCUUAUAAAAUGGUCGACCUUGACUCUGGCAUGGUCUAUGUGCGAGAGAGAGGACAGCUUCGUCGCGUCAAUAACAUUGUGCUCGCAGAGACGAAGCCGCAUUCAUCAUCACACAGAACAACAACAAACCCUCUUGCGUUGAAAAAGGAGCACUUCGUCUUCACCUAUAACAAAGAAGGCAGUUUGAGGUACACUGCCAAAUCCCUCUACGACAUCUCUCUGCUGUUUGUAGCGUACAACAUCCACCAUGUCGAUUCACUCGAAGGAUUCCCUGAACAAGUGGGGGACAGACUCUUCGCCGCUGCGGAGGAAAAACAGAUAUUCUCAGAUCCUGAGGCAGCGCCUAGGGCUCUGCAGUUGUUCAGUGAUGCAUACGGGGACAUAGUGCUCGGGUCACUUUGUUUACGACAUAGGUAAGGCUUGAAUAACUUGAUUAACCCCCCCCCCAAAGCUUGGUUAAAAACACCCUCCAUGUCACAUUAUAUCUAGCCUACUCACCCCACCUUGUAGUACCACCAACAUUAUGUAACCUACAACCCAUUUAGGAAUUUGCGAUGCGCUUCAUUGACUGUUCAUAAAUGGGCUGGCUACCUGUUGCCUUAUUUCCCCACAGGUUUCCCUUGCUGUCUGAAAAGCUGGAAGAGAUCAAAACGUUUCACAGUCUGAAGUGCUUGGAUCUAUUUGGCUGCAGACUGGGAGACAGCCACGACAUCUUCCAACAUCUCACAUCAGAUUCAUUGUCCAGGUAUGAAUCAUUUUUUUGUUCUAUUGUACAGUACAAUGGCUAAGUAAUGCACUGAGGCUGGACUGCGAGUGUGUGAUUGACCCUGACAUAAGGCAGUGUGUCUUUAGCAGGCAGAUUUAAAAAUGUUUCUGGGUGGCGGUUCAAAGUUAUUCCUGUGUCUGUUUCUCCUCAGCAGCCUGGUCCAAUUGUAGUUCUUCUCUCUGUUUCUCAGGAGCCUGGUCCAGCUCUCCCUGGGCGGUAAUAGCCUGUCAGACCAGGGUCUCCAGAGACUGACAGCCCCUGUCAGGAUGAUGAGGAGGGGGCUGAGACACCUGCAGAUACUGGACCUGUCCUGUGAGUCUCUAGUAAUUAGUCUUAAUGAGACCUGUCCUGUGAGUAGUCUGUUAUGGAGGGGGGAGCAUCUCAAUAGUAUAGCAUGGCUUCCUAGUCUCAUCCUUACCUUCAUUUGCACGACUAGGAAGGAACAUCUGAAUGGUGAAAGGACAGGAAGCCUUAGAUAAGACUAUUAAAAUAGAUGGUCCAGGGGAUCCACAGCAUAUAAUAUAUAAUAAUAAUAUAAUUGGUCAUUUAGCAGACGCUCUUAUCCAGAGCGACUUACAGGAGCAAUUAGGGUUAAGUGCCUUGCUCAAGGGCACAUCGACAGAUUUUUCACCUAGUCGGCUCGGGGAUUAGAACCAGCGACCUUUCGGUUACUGGCACAACGCUCUUAACCACUAAGCUACCUGCCGCCAAACCAGCAUAGCGCCAAACCAGUUGUUUACACUUACCUCUUUCCAACAGACAACCCUAUCACUGAGAAGGCAGUUGGAUAUCUCACAUGUCUCCCAAAGCUACAAGGUCUUGAUGUAUCAGGAACUAACAUAAAGGUGAGAAGGGUUUUGCUCUGUUCUUCUCCCUGUCACAAGACCAGGGCUCCAGACUAACAUUUUCCCCUGGUGCCACUAAGUUUUGCAGUUGGGUGGCACCAGCCCAUGCGCUCACGCAAUAUAACUUUUUUUUGUAUAUAAAGUAAUUCAGUGUUUUAUUGAAAAGUGUAGUAGACUAUAUGAAAUAUGUUGUUUUGUCAUCUUUUCAUGUUGUGAUUCUAAAUAUUUUAAUGUUCAACCUAAUCCAGUGAUUAUCAUGCAUUUUGAGUUGACAAUUAGGCAUUUUUUUGGGGUGGGGGGGGUUCAGUAGAGAUGAAUUAGCCUAGAUCUUUAUGUGCACUAAUAUCAUAGGCUAAUUUAUUUGGAGCUCAUUCACCACCUGAGUAAGUGGAAACUCAAAACACAUUAGCAAGAUCGCCAACGCUAACUCUAAAGAUAAUACCCAAUGCUAAUAGCCAGGUAUUAAUCUAACAGUACAUUUUGAAUGUCCCAAUUUUUUUUUGCAGUUGUUGCCUAUUACCCAAUGAGUCCUAUGCAAUCCAAUGCGCAUUUUAAUGCAAUCAAUAUCGCAUAUGGUCCGUAUCUCAAAGCCAUAUCAAAUAACUUGGUUGUAAAAAAUAGUUGGUUUUGAGCUCAAAAUUGAGAGCUGAGAAAUAAAUAAAAAUUACCUACGGAAAGCUGAACCUCCUUUCUUCAACGGUGACAACAGGAUAGCUGUGUUUUCCCUGCAAUAGGAUUUCAAAAUGUUAUACAAUCAGAACACUUUUUCUCCCUGAACAUUUUUUCCCCCCCAGGGAAAGGAGAGGGAGUGUGACUCGCUGAACACAUCAGCAGGCCUCAGGCAGACACUUUCAUUACAGGAAUCAUAAGAACAAUGCACUACUUUACUAUUUGACCAAAUCAAUGAUUUUAGCUUUCUAUAAACCUUUCUAUGACCAUGUAGAAUGUACGGCUUGCACCGUCUGGAGCUCUGCACAAGACCAUAGCUAAGAUCCUCUUCUGACCCGAACUGGCCUCUUGUUUCCUAUGUGGAACAUGUCUUCCACGAGAUGGCACCACUUAUACCUAACGGAACUGAGGGUGAAAUGUAUACCGUUUGAUUCGCAGGUUGGCCCGUCAUUAAAGCAGACCCUGAGGAACACGAUGGGGUUGGUCCUGUCUGAGAAACUGCUGGAGGCCUUCGACCACUCCUGCUGUAAAACACAAGGCUGGGCAGAGCAGGUAACAUUCCUGCUGUGAAACACAUUUUAUGGUACUAAAGUAGUUUAUUGAUAACUUGUUUUAUUUGAAUGGCAUGUAUGUUUGUGACAGGUGGUAAACCGGUGGGAGUUGAGUGCAACAGAAAUGCCCAAACCAAAGAAGGUCCAAGAGUCAAGAACAUCAGCUAUUCGCUUUUGUAAGUUUUAACAUCCUUUGUAUUUACAUCACUGUUUUAAUGAAAGACCAUUUCAAAGCUAGCCAGGUCUGGAUCUGUAUGUUCUUCAGCCAAAUCUGACAGUCGUUGCCAUACCAUACAUGUCAGAGAUUAGGGGAGUUGGCUAUAAGCACAUUCCGAUCUGAACCAGGCUAUUUUCUGAGCUAGUCUGUCUCUGCAGUGGCCAGCUUGCUCAAGUCUUGGACAGAGAUGGCUGGUUGACUCAGAAUAAAUAAAAUAAAAUCUCACCCCGGCUAUCAGUACAGGUGCUGUUGUUAUGAAUAAGACCCGGCUGUCAGCACAGGUGCUGGUGUUGUAACCAAGACCCGGCUGUCAGCACAGGUGCUGGUGUUGUAAACAAGACCCGGCUGUCAGCACAGGUGCUGUUGUUGUAAACAAGACCCGGCUGUCAGCACAGGUGUUGUUGUUGUAAACAAGACCCGGCUGUCAGCACAGGUGCUGUUGUUGUAAACAAGACCCGGCUGUCAGCACAGGUGCUGUUGUUGUGAACAAGACCCGGCUGUCAGCACAGGUGCUGGUGUUGUAAACAAGACCCGGCUGUCAGCACAGGUGCUGGUGUUGUAAACAAGACUAAAGUACUAUUUGCUCUUCAGUUGGCAGAGAGAAGUUUGUCCGAGGAAUCCUAAGCGCAUCACCUCUGAUCCAGGAGAAAGAACAAGACAAGACCAGGGAGAGGAUACAUUUUUAUAAACCAGCAACAAGCACACACACAAAUCAGACCCAAUGCACAGGGACUAAAAGUGGACAAAUUAAGCCCUCGUCACUCAACAGCAUUGAAAUCGCAGGGGCCACCAACGGACAUGUAAAACCCUGUUCCCAAAACCAGAAUUGGCCUCGUAAACACCAGGUCGGGGACAGUGAUCAUCACAGCCCUCCUGCUAAACGUGCUUCUUCCUCAUCAUCACCAACUCUCACAGCAGAGGACUUGGAUCUGCUCAACAGUUACUGAUGCUUCGUCUCUUUCUCUGUCCGUACCUUCUCCGUAGCCGAGGUCCACGGUCUCCAAAUGUGUGCAUGGGGGCUUGACGCUGCACUGCUCAAUGCAUCCAGCAGAGGUCAGCUUCCACCUGUAGGUUAACUUUGGUGGCUUUUUUUGUUUAAGCGGACCCUAAGCACUUCCUAGCUGGAGGUGUAGAGGAACACUUGUAGUAUUUUCUUGGUCAAUCUGCUGCUUAUUUACGUUUUUAACUUUUUACAAAUAAAAAGUAUAUUGCUAUUA